AUUUCAAGUGGGGAUAGAAACCAUAAUAUAAUUGAAAAAAAACCAGACAUUACCCACACACACGAACGUCCAAGACAAACAACGCGGAAACUAUUGUCGAAUAUAACUGUCGGCGUGCACGUCUCAAAGUAAAUACGAAAAUCUAUUGUCCRACGAGAAUUAAACAUGUCUUCUAUUACUGUGGAAGAUGAGUACGACGAGUACAACUACGAUCAAGACAAAUUGGUCAACAGCGGACACAGUGGUAAGAACAGGAGCAAGAAAGAGGCCAGCGAACACACCAAUCAUUUCGAUCCCAGCGGUCAUUCUAGGAAAAUCUCUACUAAAUUGCAAAACACUGAAACCAACAAGAAGGAUGAGAACUUGAAGCCUCAUCCAUCGACCAGAAAAUGAUGAACGACCAUGCUUCCUCCCCAAAUAUCAAUGUCUURCUACGGUUUUACUUAUUUUUUUUUCUCUUUAUUUUCUAAUAAAUGUAUUGAUUGCUCAUUAGAAGCCAUCGUUAAUAAUUGAUAUUAAUUUUAAAAACUUAUGUUCUGAAACGUAUAGUCUACAUUCUUUAAACGUAGAUUAUCUUUUCACUUAAUAUAUAUUUUUUUUCUUUUUUUUUUUCAUGAUAUUAUUUAAGGAUGUUAUAUUUUUGAAAUGUGUAUAAGUAAUUGUAUAUGACAUCAAUGCAUUUCAAUACAUAUAAGUUUAUUGACAUUUUUAGUCUUAUUAUUUAUCUAACCGUGUGYGUGCUAACUGCUAAGACAUCACUUGUGAAUUAUUAUAAUGUUUUAAGUGAAGUUAUCACUACAAAUACAWUCUAGAUUUUAGUGUAAACAAAACAAUAAACCUCAAGGUCAAUUGAGAAUAACAACUUUCA